UGAUACAAAUUAGCUUGAAGCGGGUUUAAGUGGCAGCACUCCUAACUAAAUACCACAGGAUUAAUGUAACUUCAAAUUAACUUAUUAUUUCUAAUGCACCUAUUGUGCAUGCAAAUAGCAAGAUUGCAGCAGGAAUCCAUUGGACUAUAUCUGUUGUGAAACCUUCACUGGCCCAUUAUAACAAUGGGCCGAUAGUCCACAUGCCUCAGACCUUCUAGCCUCUGACUCCUCAAUUAGUCACUCUGACCCCUGGGCCCUCCUGGACUAACGCCAGACCUUUCCAUCUCAAGCCACAGUGGCGGAGGCCAAACCGAUUCCACCAAUAUCCAACAUCUUCCCCCUAGUCGUGCCACUCCACCCUUCUUCACCUCCCCAUCACUUCCACCACUCACUACCCUCUUCAUGCAACGUCAUUGUUCAAAAGAAGUUAUGAUUAGGUGUGGGUGAUAUACUUCACAAGAGCACAUAUACUCAAAGUCCCAGCUUCUAUUCACAAACCUUCAAAUUAUAUUGUUUGCAUCUAAUUAGAUGGAUAGGCCUAUGAACAUGCCAACUUUAGAGGGAAGCAGUUGGUUUUGCAAUGUAGUGAAAUAACCAACUGGAAUAAAUUCAGUGGAUGAAAACAAUUGGAUCACUUCAUCCUCUAAAACAGCCCAUGAUGUACUUCAGAAUUAAAAACAAGGCAACGAGAACAUUUGUGACGGUUUGUGGAGACUCAGCAAACCCAAGGUGGUCUAAGUUAUCUGUCUGUUCUUACAAUGGUAAAACUACACAGGUGUGGUUUUAUUGCAAUGGACUUAUUAAAUCCAAGGCUAACUAUGCAUGCAUAGACAUCAUUGGCGGUCAAGGAAAACCUGGAACAAAAGUAAAUCUUUGGACGGAGCAUGGGCGUAAUCAUCAGAAAUGGAGAAUCAACAGCAAUGGAACCAUUACUUCUUUUCUGGAUUUAAACCUCCGACUUGAUGUUAAAGGUGGUGAUUUCAAUGACAAGGAUAACGUCAUUUUAAACAUGGCAGAAGAAGAACAACAAACACAGUUCUGGGACAUUGAAAUGCUGAGAUGAGGAAAACAGACAAACAAAAAUAUUGUUUGGAUUGAGCAAUUAAAACUGUAAUCAUUGCCAAAACUAAAAGCCUAAUGCCUUUCAGGCAAUUUAAAUUUAUACAGUUGAGGUUAUUUCCAAGCCAAAUAAUCACAGCUGAGUAGCACCAUUCUUUUGGCAAACAGAUACUGCACUGGAGAGAAAACAAUUGCACAUUUACUUGCUUAUUCUCCACUUAAACUAGAACUGCUAAUUCAUAUUAAUCAAUCAAAGAGUCACAGAAAACACCACCAUUCUCUACAAUGCAACUUAGUGUUAAGGGCAAAGGACACAGAUGUUUCCUUGAGUCCAGUAUAAUUUGGAACAUUAUUACAUUGAAAUCUAACAGUAGGUUCCAAUGUAAUCCAACUAGAAUUUACAAGGCCCCAAAUCAAAAUAACCACAUUUGAAAAUGCAAAGCUCACUGCAUCAGUAUAAAAAUCUCUAUUGCAUUGAUAAACUCUAUGUAGUUUGACAUUUAACCUUAUUUUUUUUAAGUAUGUUAAUUUUUUAUACAACUAUAGCUUCAAAUGCUAAGGCUUACCUUGGAUUAAUGUUAAUUUGUACUGAUUUUUAAAUUAUUGUAAAUAAGUAAAGAUUGUAUUUGUAUUAUGUUCUUGAUCAGAAAAAACGGGAUCAAUAUGUGGAUGAAUGUUUUCAUACCAAUUAAUUCUCUAGGAAGUUUACCUGCCAGUUUCCUUGUACUUUAGAAUGGAGGGAGAGAGAGGGAGCAAGCGAGCGAUAUGAUAUUUCAUCUGCCUCAAAUAUAUACCUGUGCCCUAGAGAAAGCUGACUCGGGUGACGAUGUAAUUCAAUGUUAAAUUUUAGCUAAGGUAUAAUAAUAGAUCUCUUGAACCACUGGAUUAAAAUAUUAAAACGUUA